AUGGUAUCCAAGAAAUCUUACGAGUACGUCUAUGGCAGCAUCAACGUCAAACAGUCGGAUGGUAAGAAUUUUGAAGAUGAGCCCAAAAAGCAUUCCCAAGAAGCCGUGGAUGGAGAGCCAUCUGUAACCACCAGUAGGUCUUCUCGUUUGAUUUUUGGAACCAUUGUACUCCUGUCCGUAUUUGUGUGGUUUGGCUUUUGCAAUGACAAGAGCAACAGGUUUCCUUCUUCCAAUGUAGAGAGCCCUGACGAGGGUCGAUUGCCGGAAAACAUUCCUCGCUUCUUCUCGCAAAAGGUGGAUCAUUUAGAUCCAUCCAACACCAAGACCUGGAAGCAUAGAUACUAUGCUCAGGACAAGUACUUCAAAGGACCGGGACAUCCAAUCAUCCUGGUUGUGGGAGGGGAAGAUGGCAAUGACUACGGUUUCUUUUAUCGGUUCAUCGAAGAACACCUUGCCCAGUUGUUUGGUGCCUUUGUACUGCAUCCGGAACAUCGCUUUUAUGGAAUCAGCCAACCUGUGGAUCCUGCAGUGGCCACAACAAACGAUUUAAAACAGUACUUUACAGUCCAGCAAGCCAUACGGGACAUGCUCACUAUUGUGCAAUAUUAUCAAGAAGUCUUUGGUUGUUCCAUGGACAAGAGCUCGCCGGAGUAUUGCCCCGUUAUUUCGGUCGGUGGUUCUUAUCCAGGCUUUCUCAGUGCCAUCAUGAGGCUGCACUUUUCAGAUGUGGUGGAUAUUGGAUACGCAUCAUCCGCCCCGCUUCUCUUGUAUGCUAUGGAAGCCGACCAGUUUGGGUAUUUCGAUGUUGUCACCCGAACCUCCGAGCAGGCUUCACCUGGUUGCGCCGAUGCCGUUCAAUCUACUCUUUUCGAGGUGGAUGCGGCCUUGCGGGAGACUUCCGAGUUCCUCGACCUGGCUCAUGAUAAGCUCAACAUUUGCCCAGGCUCGGUUCCAUCCUACAUUACAUCCAGUGCUAUGCUAAGCGAGGAACUCAUGCUCAUCAUUGGGCCAGCCUUUGCGGAUAUGAACAUGUUCAACUAUCCUCCAGACGAAACGACAGACUUGGCCAUGGCGUGCUCGGGCCUGUUUCAAGACGACUCGUUGGAUUCCUUUGAAAAGCUUGCCAAGUUCUGGACCCUUUACUUGGACGAGAACAUUGACCCCUCGUUGCCUUGCUUCGAUAUGAGCUCGCAACUGCCUUUAGGACCCAAUGCCACAAUCUCAGCGUCGGAUUGGUCGGGAGUUGGCACGGGACACGAUGGAGAGAUGUUUGACUUUCACUGCUGUGCGACACUAACUCCUGCUGUUGGCUUUUCCAAGGACAGCAUGUUCCCAUACCGCAAAUGGACUCUGGAUUGGCUUACCCAGCAUUGCAUGGAUCGUUUUGAUGUGGUACCGGACCCUCUGAAAUUGGUUCGGGAGUACAAGUUUGAUGAUCUUGUGGGUCAAGGAGCAACACGCAUUCUGUUUACCAAUGGUAUGAAUGAUCUCUGGUCAGCAGGAUCUCACCUGGAAUCGCUGUCCGAGUCUCUGCCGGUCAUCAACAUGCCAAAUGGAGCUCACCACAGCGAACUACGAUACACCAAUGACGACAACAAGGACACGGAGGAUGUGAGGCAAGCCCACGAGGAAAUCACGUCGCUAUUGACACGGUGGUUGAAGGAGAUCAAAGAGGAGCACCAGUCUUAG